ACGGAGCUGGGCGGCGCACAAGUUUAAAAGAGAAAAAGAAUAAUGUCACAAAAGGAAAAGGAGGACAACAGCGCUGCCAUAUUGGACGUGGCACUCGUGAGUAUUUUGAAAGGCCCAAAGAAUCUCAGAGCCAAGUUGCCCUGGUACUAUGCGCCCGCCUUUCUGCUGUUUUGGCUUGCGCUCUUCUUUGCGGUGGUCAUUCCGCUCUUCAAUCGUCUGCCGGAUAGUGUCACCAUCGCAGAGGAGUCUCUGAAGCCGGGCGAGUUUGUGGCCGAGCGAGCACAGCAGCUUCUCUAUAGUUUCGAUAGCAUCGGGCCCAAGGUCGUGGGCAGCGUAGCCAACGAGAAGCUUACGGUUGACUUUCUGCUCGGCGAAGUGGAGAAUGUGCGCACAGCCAUGAGAUCGGAUCUGUACGAGCUGGAGGUGGAUGUGCAGCAGUCGUCCGGCGCAUAUAUGCACUGGAACAUGGUGAACAUGUACCAGGCCGUGCAGAACGUGGUCGUCAAGCUGAGCACGCGCAGCUCCACAAGCGAAUCCUACUUGCUGCUCAACAGUCACUUCGACUCGAAGCCCAGCAGUCCCGGCACUGGCGAUGAUGGCACCAUGGUCAUUGUCAUGCUGGAGGUGCUGCGCCAAAUGGCCAUAUCAGAUCGACCCUUCGAGCAUCCCAUUGUCUUUCUAUUCAAUGGCGCCGAAGAGAAUCCUCUGCAAGCCUCGCACGGUUUCAUCACCCAGCACAAAUGGGCCAAGAACUGCAAAGCGCUUAUUAAUCUGGAAGUAGCUGGCAGUGGCGGACGGGAUCUGCUGUUCCAAGGUGGCCCCAACCAUCCCUGGCUUAUGCGUUAUUACAGACACCAUGCCAAACAUCCUUUUGCGACUACCAUGGCCGAGGAAAUCUUCCAGGCCGGCAUCCUGCCCUCGGAUACGGACUUUCGCAUAUUUCGUGACUACGGCCAGGUGCCAGGCCUGGACAUGGCGCAGAUCAACAAUGGCUAUGUCUACCAUACCAUAUUCGACAACUAUGCGGCUGUGCCACGGGAUUCUCUGCAGAACACUGGCGAAAAUGUUCUGCCCCUGGUGCGGGCUUUUGCCAAUGCCAGCGAGAUGCACGACACCGAGGCACAUAGCGAGGGACAUGCUGUCUUCUUUGACUUUCUGGGCCUGUUCUUUGUCUUCUACACGGAAACGAUUGGCAUCGUGUUGAACUGUUGCAUUGCGGCUGUCAGCCUGUUGCUAGUCUGUGUCUCCCUGUGGCGCAUGGCGCGCGUCUCCGAGCAGUCCCUGUGCCAGGUUGCCCUCUGGUUCGCCAUCAUCCUGGGUCUACACGUGCUGGGUGUUGUACUCAGUCUGGGCCUGCCCCUGCUGAUGGCCGUCAUGUUCGAUGCCGGCGAUCGAUCGCUGACCUACUUUACGAACACCUGGCUAAUGAUUGGCCUCUACAUCUGUCCGGCCAUCAUUGGACUCAGUUUGCCCACCACGCUGUACUACAGUUUCCGGAAGAACCUGAAGAUAAACCACGCCUACCAUCUGCACAUGAGCCUGCACGCCCACUGUGUGGUGCUGGCCGUCAUAGCCAUCACACUGACUGCAAUCAGUUUGCGCACACCCUAUCUUUGCAUGAUAUCCACGCUCUUCUAUUCCGCUGCACUGCUCGUCAACCUGUUGAGCACCUUGCACGAUCGAAGCUAUUACUGGGUGCUGAUCACGCAGAUAUUCCAGCUGAUGCCCUUCUUUUAUUUCUGCUAUCUGUUCUACAUGUUCCUGAUUGUUUUUAUACCCAUGAUGGGCAGAAAUGGCAGCUCCAUAAAUCCGGAUCUCUUAGUUGCUUUAUUAUGCACGAUCGGCACAUUUUUCGCAAUGGGAUUUGUGUCACCUCUUAUCAACAUGUUCCGCUGGUCCAGAUUUAUUAUGCUCACGCUGGGCAUUGUCACGUUCAUAUUUAGCAUGAUUGCCGUCUCGGAUGUGGGCUUUCCCUAUCGCGCCAGGACCAGCGUUAUGCGCGUCAACUUCCUGCAUGUGCGUCGCAUCUUCUACGAGUAUGAUGGCAGCGUGAGCCUCAGCGACUCGGGCUAUUACUUCGACUUCCAGGACAGGCGACUCGCCUAUCCGCUCGAGGAGACUUCGGUCAAUUUGACGGGCCUAUCUAGCAUUGAGCAGCACUGCGAUACGGAACUGAUGUGCGGCGUGCCCUGCUUCAAUCAUCGCUGGUGCAAGGCGCGCACCUCCGGCCAUUGGCUGGCCCGUGAACAGGAGGUCGCCAUACCGGGCAACUCCUCUCUGGUGCUUUUGGGUAAGACCAUAAUGUCCAGCGGCACCACGGUGCGCUAUGAAUUCGAGUUGAGCGGACCACCGCACAUGGGCUUGUUCAUACAACCGCUGGAGGGUGUAACCGUUGAAGACUGGUCCUUUAUAAGGACUGCGCUGGACGAACCGGAAAACUACAAGUUGCCAUAUCAAAUAUUCUUCUCCUAUGGCAAGGAUAAUUCGCCCUUGAAAUUCCACAUAGACUUUGCAAAACCUGCUGGAAACUUCGAUGUGCCAAUCUUUGAGAUGGGCGUUGCGUGGCAUUAUGUUAGCUACGACUUUGAAAGGGACUCGCCUGGGUUGCAGUUUAUAGCCGACUUUCCAGACUUUGUGCAUGUGAUGGAGUGGCCAACGCUAUAUAAACGUUACAUACUAUAA